AGUAGUUCUGCGCCCGACCUUGCGACCGAAGUUGCGUUGAUGUUGUUGUGGUAUACACAUAAUAUUGCAGAUCGGCUUGUGGACACCAGCAGCAAAGUCAGUGACAGGAGGGAGCUCAUUUUCAGUGUUGUAUCGACAGUUACUCAGAGAGCUCUGUAGUCUGUCUGCUGUGGAGAACACCGUAUACGUGAGAAAGAAAUUCUGUUAUUUUUUGUUUUCGUCAAGUAUACUAUAUAGUAGUUGUGUCAGCCGCCCGCGGUAUACAGUAAACACAUUCGACGCGUGUAAACUCGCCGAGUUAUUGCAUCACAGAUAAGACUACUGUACCAGCCGCACAACUACAGCAGGCAGCAGCAUCAUGACGUCGACCGGCCAGACCUUCGACUCGAACUGCAUGACCCUUACGCGCUUCGUGCUGGCGGAGCAGCGCAAGGUCCCGAAUGCGACCGGCGAUCUCACCCAGCUUCUCAACAGCAUACAGACAGCCGUGAAGGCGGUCAGCUCGGCCGUGCGCAAAGCCGGCAUCGCUAACAUGUACGGAAUCGCCGGAACCACCAAUGUCCAAGGCGAGGAGGUCAAGAAACUCGACGUGCUUAGCAACGAGCUCUUCAUCAACAUGCUCAGCUCGUCCUUCACCACCUGCCUCCUCGUCUCCGAGGAGAAUCCGACGGCGAUCGAGGUCACCACGGAGAAUCACGGCAAGUACAUCGUGUGCUUCGAUCCGCUCGACGGCUCGUCCAACAUCGACUGUCUCGUCUCGGUGGGCUCGAUCUUCGGCAUCUACAAGAGGCUCGACGAUUCCGGGAAAACUACUGCGCCGAGCGUGGCGGACGCGUUGCAGCCCGGCAAAAAUCUCGUGGCCGCGGGUUACGCGUUGUACGGAUCGGCCACCAUGAUGGUGCUGUCGAUCGGCCGCGGGGUCAACGGCUUCACCUACGAUCCGUCCAUAGGAGAGUUUAUUUUGACCGAGAGAAACAUGAAGAUCCCAAAGAGAGGAAAAAUAUACAGCAUCAACGAGGGCAAUGAAAAGAGUUGGGAUAGAGCCAUAAAGGAAUACGUCGCGUCCAAGAAGUAUCCGGACACGGGUAAACCGUACAGCUCGAGAUACGUUGGAUCGAUGGUGGCCGACGUUCACAGAACCAUCAAGUACGGAGGAAUCUUCAUGUACCCGGCAACCAAGGACAAUCCAAAUGGCAAACUGCGUUUGCUGUACGAGUGCAUCCCGAUGUCCUACAUUGUGCGAGAAGCAGGUGGACUGGCGUCGAACGGAGAACGCGAUAUUUUGGACGUCGUUCCGACGAGCAUACAUCAGAGAUCGCCCAUAUAUCUCGGCUCCGAAGAGGACGUUCAAGAUGUGUUGGAAUUCAUUAAGCACUGCAAAUGAUUCGUUUUUCGUUGCGUGAUUUUUUUUACAAUUCAUCGUCUCGUGAGCAUUUUUUUGUUAAUAAAGAAAUUUGAGGAUUUUA